AUGGAACAAGCAUCUCCGAAGCAGGCAGAUGCUAACAAGGAAUGGCCAGGAGGAUCCGGCAACGCCAGUCGCCUGAACGACAUCACUCUGGACUUCGGUGGGGGCUCGACCAUGAGCGCCUGCUCGGCUUUGUUGCGGCUUUCUUCCCCCGUCUUCGAUCGCAUGCUCGAAUGCGGCAUGAGGGAGGCGCAAAAGAACAUCAUCAAGGACCAAAGCAAUACCAAAGUGCUCUAUGUGGAAGCCAGCAUGAGCUUUUGUGAAGUUAGCUCUUUCGGUGCCGUACAGCAGUGCUCGAUCCAUGUGGAAGUCGCACAGCUGGAGGACUUCGAGGGUUUCUACAAUUUGCUGAGGCCGGGUGCAUGGAACGCGGACAAGGUGACGGAGGCAAAUCUGGAUGCCCUUCUCGACAUCAGCAACUCGGCUUUGUGCAGUCAGCAGUAUGCACGGUGCAUUGCGUCACAAGCCAGGGACUGCACGCCAGAGGACCUGAUAGACAUCUCCCAGACGUCUCCUGGAAUCCUGCUCGACCUCUCUUUAAGAAUGCGGGAGACACAGCAGCGGAUUGGUGAGAUUCGUGGCCUGAGACCCUCACUGGCGAACGUUAAGUAUAUGGCGGAGAACUACAUCCCCGAGUUUCAGUUCAAUCGAACCGGCUACAUCUCGAGACCCCUGAAUGCCUCUGAGGUUCAGAAUCUCAGCUAUUUGCGCGCGCAUAUCCCCAGCGCCCUGGAACCGACAUUAGACCUCUUGGAGUCCCUCGAAUGA